AAGGCUGCUUGUUGUUCCCGCAGAGAGGCGAGAAGAUGGCGGCCGUGUCUAGCGGAGGUGCUGCUGGGUCCGCUGCGGCCGGGAUUACGCACCCUCCACGACAGACCCACGUAGUUAUGGGCCCUCCGAACCGAGCCCAGCCGUCCUCCGGGAUCAGCCCUUCAGGUCAUACCAGCACGGCCAGUGGGUGCAUCACCAAUCCUGGCCACACUUCGGCCACCAGGCCCCCCCCUGCCCGUGUGGGCCACUACGAAAUCGAGCGGACCAUCGGCAAGGGAAAUUUCGCGGUUGUUAAACUAGCCACACACACCAUUACUAAAGCAAAGGUGGCUAUAAAAAUCGUGGAUAAGACUCAGCUAGACGAUGAGAACCUGAAAAAGAUCUUCAGAGAGGUGCAAAUCAUGAAGCUGCUGAAACACCCCCACAUCAUUCGCCUCUACCAGGUGAUGGAGACGGAGAGGAUGAUCUAUCUGGUAACAGAGUACGCUAGCGGUGGAGAGAUAUUUGACCACCUGGUGGCUCAUGGGCGCAUGGCAGAGAAGGACGCCAGGAAGAAGUUCAAGCAAAUUGUGGCAGCAGUCCACUUUUGUCACUGCCGUAACAUCGUCCACAGAGACCUGAAGGCUGAGAAUCUGUUACUGGACCACAACCUCAACAUCAAAAUCGCAGAUUUUGGCUUCAGCAACAUUUUUUCCCGGGGCCAGCUUUUAAAGACUUGGUGUGGCAGCCCUCCCUAUGCUGCUCCAGAGCUUUUUGAGGGCAAGGAGUAUGAUGGACCUAAAGUAGAUAUAUGGAGCUUAGGUGUAGUGUUAUAUGUGCUGGUGUGUGGCGCCUUACCAUUCGAUGGCAGCACUCUACAAAAUUUGCGAGCGCGUGUCCUUAGUGGAAAGUUCCGCAUCCCUUUCUUCAUGUCUACAGACUGUGAGUAUUUAAUCAGACACAUGUUAGUUCUGGAGCCCAGCCGACGGCUGACCAUGGAGCAGAUCUGUAAGAACAAGUGGAUGAGACAAGGAGACCCAGACCCAGAGUUCGACAGAUUGAUAGCAGAGUGUGAGCAGGUGAAGACGGAGAGAGAGAUGGAGCUCAUCAAUGAGCAGGUGCUGAUAGCCAUGUCUGACAUGGGCUUGGAUCGAGAGCGCACACUUCAGUCCCUACAAACAGAUGCAUACGAUCACUACAGUGCCAUUUACAGUCUGCUGGCUGAACGCCUCAAGAAACACAAGUCUCUGCGUGUUGCCCCGCCCACACCGCGCAUCACCUAUCCUGUAAACACCGUACAGCAGACAGACCCACAAGGUAAUCCAGUUAGCAUAACCGUUCCCCAUGUCCAGCUUAUCAACCCAGAGAACCAAAUUGUUGAGCCUGAUGGCAGCAUGGCCCUGGACAGCGAUGAAGGGGAGGAGCCAUCUCCCGAGGCCAUGGCUCGCUACCUCUCAAUGAGGCGGCACACUGUGGGGGUACCAGACCAAAGGACAGAGAUGCAGGAAGACCUUCAGAAGCUUCCACCCGGUUUUCCUCGUGGUGCAUUGCCUCAGCCUCCUUUCCCCCAACUUGCCCCUACCAUGGCUCAGAUGCUCACACUCAUGCCAACACAGAGUCUGCAGCCAACACAACAGCUGGAAUACAAGGAGCAAUCAUUGCUGCAGCCGCCUACCCUGCAGCUGCUUAAUGGCAUGGGCCCCCUGGGUCGAAGAGCUUCAGAUGGUGGAGCCAACAUUCAGCUACACGCUCAACUUCUGAAGAGGCCUCGAGGGCCCUCACCACUUGUCACCAGCCCGCAUCCUAUCUCUGCAGUAGCUCCCGUGGAUGAGGAGGGUUCAGAUGGAGAGCCAGAUCAAGAGGCAGUACAGAGGUACCUGGCGAACCGCUCCAAGCGGCACACGCUCACGAGCACACCGCAUGGCGAGCCCUCGACAGAGUCACAGAGGCCCCAGGGCCCCCGCCAGAGGGGGGGCUGGGCCCCCGACAUACACACCCGUAAUGAUGGUGGAGGUGCAGUUUUUGGCACAGGGCAGACAUAUCUACACAUCACCAGUAAACCAGGAUCAAAAAUAACUCUUCUCCACAAUCCUGGAAAGAACAGAUCCAGCUAUAAGGAUUGUAACACCCUUCAUCUCCCCAUGGAGCGCUUCUCUCCUGUCAGACGGUUCUCUGACGGCGCCGCCACCAUACAGGCCUUCAAGGCUCAUCUAGAGAACAGCAGCCUCAUUAAGCAACUCAAGCAGGAGUGCGAGCAGCUCCAGAAAAUGUACGCUGCCCAGCAGGACGAGCGCUUCCUGGAACAAACUCAGCAGCAGCAUAUCCUGUACCAGCAAGAGCAACAAAUCCUCCACCAGCAAAUCCAGGGUCUGUCUUUAGGCCAUGGAGAGAGCCAGCCCAGUCACUUAACCCACCAGCUCCAGAGGUUGCGUAUCCAGCCCUCCAGCCCUCCGCCAACACAUCCCAGCAACCACCUCUUCAGACAGCCCAAUCAGAGUCCUCCGCCUGGCUCUGCAAGCAUAAUGCAAGGGCACGGGGGUCAGUCAUCAGUGCAGUACCAGCAUGGUGCCCCAGCGAUGUACCAGGGACAGAGUGGGAGCCCACCUCCCACAGGCAUGCCUCGAGUUUCUCUGCCAACCAAUCAGCAGGCUGCAUCUGCUCGCCCUGCUGUCCCACUGGGACAGGUUGUACCUCAACAGCAGCAGGUGACCAUCCAGGUUCAGGAAGUGGAGCUGGGAGGUGGGGCACAGAGACAGGGUAGCUUUUUGUCUACACCAGGGGGACACCGAGUCCUCGGCAAGCAGCUCAGUGCAGACAAUGCCGAGACACACAGUCGCAGCCUUGGCCGAUUCACAUCUGCCUAUGACCAGGCACAGUUCAAUCCCCACCUCUUCUCUAGCGACGCCACCUCCCGGGGUGCAUCUGGAGUGGUCGGCUCCUACAGCCCCUACCUGCAGGGAACCUCCCUUAAAGUCCCUGGGCUAGAGGGGUACCAGAGUGGGGCAGUGGGGACCAGCAGCUACGGGGCCCCCUCCACAUUACAGCAGGCCCUGCUUUCCCCAACUCCUUUGGACUACCGCCCCCCACAGCAGCACGUCACCCCAACCCUGCAGGGCCUCCUGUCUCCCCGUCAUUCUUUAACAGGCCACGCAGACCCCAGACUACCCCCUCAAGACCUGGCUGCCCUGCUGAAAAGACAGAGUCCCCGGCCAUGCCCAGCACCCCCAACACCACCCAGCGGCGCGCCACAAGAGUUUGGAGAUAUGCUGCUUCUCCGUCAGCUGAGCCAAGGAGACAGCCUGGAGCCAGCUGCAGCUCAGGGCGCCUCUGGGGGGCAACACUACCACCACCUCCUCCAGAUAAGACCUCCAGAGGUUCAGCCACAACAUCACACGCCUCAGGUGCCAUGUCCCACCUUACCUCACUCAGAGAGCAUGGAGGAGGACGAGGUGCCAGCUGGAUACCACCACCCGCAUGAGGGUCUGCUGGCCAAGGCAGGGGAAGGACAUGAGCUCCUCGGCCCUCCCCGAGGAGGAACCCCACCCUACAGCUCCCCUACACACAGGCACGGUGGUUACAUAAGGAGUGCUCAAGCUUCUCGAGAAUCAGACCAUGUGGAGUGCCGGCCCCAAGGACAGGCCAUGGAAGUGCCUGAUCAUAAUGGUGUUGGCUAUCCACGAGGUUCCCAGGGUGACACCUACAGGUCUAGAGGACAGCUACAGCGUCACCACACCAUCCAGACCUGCGAUGAUGCUUAUGAUCAGGCAGACCCCAUGUCUGGGAUGAGCCUCCUAGCUGGAAAGGCACUAAGCUCUGCUCGCAUGUCAGACAUUCUCAGCCAGACUUCGCUGACUGGAAGCCAGCAGCUGCACCAGCGAGAAGAUUCAGUGUGCGAUGUUGAAGGGGAGCUCCAUGCUGCAGCCUGCUACCCCUCAUCCUGCACCAGUGAUAUGCUCCUCAGCUACAAACCCCCUGAUCUGCAGUACAGCAUGGAGCAGGCUGGGGUCUAGCACAGGAAGGGAUGAAUCCUGUGUGCUUCGGUCCAUAUCAGCCACCCUGAGUUAUGUUGACUUGAGUUAAGCAGCAUCACGCCAAACCACCUUCGUCUGCCCGAGCAGGGGCGCUCUAUGUCCAUCUGUCUGUCUCCAUCUGUCCCUCAGAGGGCAGCGUGAGAGAGGGGGAGUGUGGGUGGGUGUAGACUUUCUUGGGUUUUUUUGGGGGGGGGUGGUUCAAAGGUUAAAGUGCCAGCAUUUUCUGCACAGACAUCCAGCAUUCUUUGCUGCAGGUUGUCUCCUCUUCUCAGCUCCCAUCCUGGGUAGAUUGGGGCUCCACUCCUCCCUCUUUCGACUCGACCUCCCCCAUCUCCCAUCCUCUCCCUCUUUGGCAAACCUGACCCACAUCACAUCCACCCGCAGCCCUGUCCAAAACCUUCCUUUUCCACCCCUAACUGUUGGCAUACGUUCAUUCUGUGCCUCACUGGCCGAACCAUUGAUACAGUAAUGCUUUCAAGAACCUGGAGUCCAACAACACAUAGACACACUGCUGCCGCAAACCCAAAGUAUUUACAUUUUGGCUCGAGUGUGUCUGUGUGAGUGUGUUUACACGUGUGCGUAAUUCAAACAAAAGGGUGAGAUUAGGGACAGGUGGUGUAUAUGAAGUUCAGCCUGCUGUCCUUGAAGCAGAUGCUUCCAGAGCAGGAUGAAGUCUCAGCAGCGGUUGGUGCUUCGGGUCAGACUCCAAAAUUGCUCUAUCCAAAGGUGGAGCUCAGUGACAUCGCACAGGACAAACCAGCUUCCUUUUUUUUGUUUUGUUUUUUCUGUUCUGUCAUUCUUUUUAUUCUUUUCAAAAGUUUAUUCAUUUUUACAGUUAAUGUCAGUGUAGGCAUUAUGGUCUGUAUGGUUACUCUUAUUACUGUUUUCUGUAAAAGAAGUUUUAUUAUAAUGAAUAUUAUUAUUAUUAAAGGAAAUCAGAUGUGUUUUGCAAGGAGGACAACAACGCUCUUUUGAUUACUAAAGUAAAUCUGCACUUUGGGUUCAAGCUAUCCUGUCGGUUUCCUCGCAGUUCCCUGCUCUCGUUCAUACGGUUAACCCGCUUUUCUAUCCCGCCCUCCCCAUCGCCUCCAACCCCGUAAUUCCACACUCAAUGUUCUCCAUCCUCCUCUCCAUGUCAGUGAUGUUGUAUUGCAUUGUGGGUAGUUUUACCAGACAUUUCCUUCUAUCCUUGUACAGUGAUGCCAUGUAUAGAAAGCUUUUACUUUUUUUUCUUUCUUUCUUUUUUUUUUUUUUUUUUAUUUUUUCUUUUUAGAUGUUGAGGAUUUUUUUAUUGGUAUUGUUUAUUGUUUGUAUUUUCGGAUGUCUUUAAAAUGUUUUUUCAUUGUUCUUUUGCUUUAUGAAUCUUGAGAUUUCUAGCCAAAAGAGGACAGAGAGAAGAGAGACUGCGCUCUUCUGUUCUUAUUAUUUUAAUGUUAUUAUAUUGAGACACUUGAAUAAGAAGAGAGUAAUUAUUUUGUGUUGCUUUUUAAAGUAUCAUUUCAAUCGAUGUUGUGAGUGUCAUUCUUGUUGAUGUUGGGCCUGUUUUUAUGUUAACGGGGUAGAUGUGGCCAGCUAUACAGGGUCAGGCUUUGGGCUUUGUCUGGGUUGGAUCGGGUGCUACAGAGACUUGACAAUUAAUAAAUAAAAAGGAAAAAAAACACAGACAUAAAAAUAAGGGAAUAACUUGUAAAAUAGCUGACAUAUCAUUCAAACAUCACAAGCGUGGAGAUGGACAAAUCCACCUCAGUUUCUCCUUUUCUCUGUCUGCUGUGAUCCUCCCAUCAUCCUUUUCUGCAUCGGCUUCUGGUCAGAUGGCGCCUUACGGACACGCCCCCCCUCCUUCCCAGCUAACUUUGCUACUAUGGCAAUCAUGGAGGAAACUACUGCUACAAUCGCCCCUUUUUCCUUUUGAUUUUUAUUAUUCAUACCUUCUUUUUUUCCCCCCAUUUUGCUUUUUGUCGGACUCUGAAUCUUAAGAGGAAGAUGGGAGGAGGUGAGGGCUGCAUUUCACGAACUGUUAAUGGCUCUUGUCGUCGUUGGAUACACCUGCACAAACCUCCAAACUUUAAAGGGAAACAUUUCAGGGGGUGACCAUAAGAAUGAAUUAUUAAAAUUCUUCACCAACAAAGGAAUACAAGGUUGCGUUCAGAGCAGGGAAGGGCGUGCACACCUUAAACAUGUCUCCCGGGUCUGUGGCUCUGCUGAAGGGCAGCCAGAUGGAGGCUGCUGCACGCCGGGGACCACAGCAGAGGACUGAAUCUCCUUUUUUGUUUUAUUUUUUUAAGCAUUUAAUGUUUGAGUUCUGUCUUUCCUCCAAUAUUUGGCCAUGAAAAGACUGUUGUGCAAAAAUAAUGUUUGUACAGGCCAGAUGGACGAAUACCUGGCUGCACUGUCUGCGUACUGUACGCUAUUUACGCCUGAAAGCUGUAGAUGGUGUCGUGCUGCGCUGGUGCUUUCCAUUUCCAGCAUGGCACUUCCUUCAUUACCAACUUUCACCCCUAUUUAGACUCCAUGCAGCUGAUGUUUACUCUAAGAAUAGAGGACAUAUGGGCAUAAACGCUGAGUUUUGCUUUGUUUUAAGAAACUAUACUUUACAAAUCAGUGUUCCUCUUGGCUCUGCUUCUUUUCUGUUCCAGAUCUUUCCACUUUGCUUUUUCAUUGUUUACACCAAGCCAAAAUAGAUUUGGAAAAGAAAAGAUUGAUGCUGCUGAGGACAAGGAGGGAAAUGACUGGAAUGGAAGGCAUCGGCAUGUUUCUCAUCCCGUGGCAAGAUAAAUAAAAAGGUCUGACAACCUUAGGCUCCUCAUGUCUAUUGUGAACGGCCAAAGGGGAUUUAUAGAAAAAGGGACAGUUCCAAGGGAAUGGAAAGCACUGCACAAAUUCAGAAAGUAGUGGAGCGAAUACUUCACACACAAAUUGAGCCUGAUCAGACCGAUCAUGACACCACCCUUCCCCGUCUUUCUGCCCUAACUCUUCCAUCCCUGACUUCCUUUUUGCUCCAUCCCAGCAAGCCAGCUCUCUGCUCCACCUCCCCUGUUUUUAGAUUCCUUUUUUUUUUUUAUCAGUUCAUUUUUUAAGUCUAUUUGUUGUUGUUUUUUUAUGUUAAGUUCUGUUGACUACAAAAAUACUAAAGUGCAACAACAACGAUUAAAAAUAUCAACCAAACUGAGAUGAAUAAAUAAAUAUAUAUAAAUAAAGAAAUAAUUUAAAAA